AUGCCUUCUUUGGUGGCCUUCGGUCGCCGUUGGAAUAUAUCCAGCGAUGAUUUUGUGUUCCCUGGUCUUAGUGAGGCGUUGGUUCGCUCGGCUUGGUAAGUGCAAUUGUAUUAUAGCAAAAUAUUUAGGGUUCUGAUCACACUUAUCUUGUUUAUAUUCCAUAAGCCUUUGCAUUGCACGUCCCUUGAGUGGUUGGUGUAUUUAUGUUUGCUUAUCGUUGGCAAUGUGGUAACCGUCUUUUUAUGCCUUUCCAUUGCAAAGAUUAGCGCCCGUGGGUCGAUUCUGGACAUGCAAUUGCGAAAACGGAUAGUUAAUAUGAUUUACGUUAGAGUGCCUCUGUUCAUCGCCGAGAUAAUCUUUACUAUUUUAAGUGCCAUUUUUGCUUUUGGUAAGUAAGAUUCAAAGUUUUUAAAUUUUCUCUAAUGUUACGUGCACGUAUAUACCUGUAUUCUAGGAUCUGUGACAGCUUAUGAGACUUGCUUUUCAAGAGUUACACUCCAAUUCACAGUAGUAUUGGAGUGUUUCUUGAUAAUUUGUGUUUUCUUUGGCGUUGUUAUUGUUUUCAACCCAUUGGGUGGCUACAAUGUCGACAGAAAUGUGAUGGUAGAGCGAACAUAUUGGCAUUCGAGAUUACGUUUGGUAAGUCGGCUAUCUUUAUUUUUUAUGGAUUUAGUGUAAAGUAAUGCAAACAGGAGAGAUGAGAGAAGCCAUAGACGAAAUAGCUUCAUUACUGGCUACGUUCUUUGCCGACCAAGAUCUCGUUUUAUCGGAUAUUGUGGCUGGAUUAUUACUAUUGGUGCAUUGCCCAGAUCAUAGUCCUCCGAGAUAUUUGACCAUUCCUUCCAACGAACUCGAUGUACCUGCUUGGAUGUCUCUUCCUUCGUCUUUGGGAUUUGUCGCCAGGAUAUGUGAUUUUGUCGUCGCCGUUUACGGCUGGCCAAACUACAUGUUGAAUAAUUGCACUUGUGUCGCCUGGUAUGGGUUAUAUCGCCAACUGAGAUGCUGUCGUCGAUGUGACAUUAAAGAAGUGGUGGUAGUGGAGGAUAACUGCUGUUCCUGUCAUUCGGCUGCAUUCCGAAUAGAGUCGUGCCUUGAAGAAGCAGAUGUUUUCUUUGCCUCCUUCAGAAAUCGGCUUUAUCAGGUCCCAUUUGUGGUCCUUGCGGACCAUAGAACCAAUUCUAUUGUGAUUACAAUACGAGGAUCAGCGUCAGUUUUGGAUCUGGUUACGGAUUUGUCGUUAUCAGAAGAAGUGUUUUCAGUGGACGUGGAUUCUGACCCCAUUCUAAAGGAAGAUCGGGAACUGGAUAGUACUGGAGAUGUCCGGGUUCAUCGAGGAAUGCUGAAUUCGGCGCGAUAUGUGUUUAAUACGUUGAAGAAGUACCAAGUUCUGGAAGAUUUGAAGGAUUUACAUCCAGAUUACGGCCUUAUUGUUUGCGGGCAUUCGCUUGGUGCUGGCGUCGCAUCAUUAUUAACGUUACUUCUGAAGUAGGCAGCCUUUCGCAAAACAAAGUUUUCAGGCAGACCGACCCAGAUGUCCGUUGCUACUCGUUCUCUCCUCCAGGAUGUGUUAUCAGCGAACAUGGACUGGCGGAAAUGGAAUCCCAUGUUUUAAGCGUAAUUGUUGGCGACGACCUUGUUCCCAGGAUAUCAUAUCAGGUAAACUCCGACAGCUUUUAAAUACGUUUCAGUCUUUGAUGAAGUUAAAAAAAUCCAUCGACGAGCAAAUCUAUUCCACCAAUCGUGCAAAAUACGAGAUCCUAAUCAAAGGGAUAUUCAAAUUGUUUUUCUCCUCCCCAUGGGAUCUACACUCUGGUACGUCAACGGAUCAGAAAUGUUACGGUUUAGAAACAACGCCGAGUAUAAGGUCAAGCCGUCGAUUAAUUGACUCGAGCAGUUAUAAUAUACCAGACCGAGGGCUUGAAGAGCCUCGAACUCAGUUAUAUCCACCUGGACGACUACUUCAUCUUGUCCCUCAAGGUUCUGAAGUGGAAUUAAACUGGUUACAACACGAAUACCUCUCUGAAGUCCAGCUGACUGGUGCAAUUCUCGCUGACCACAUGCCAUAUAGAGUGAGACGUGUAAUACAAAAAGCGAGGGACGAAAACUUUUACGUAUAAAUUUAGGUUGAAGAUACUGGUGGGUGGUAUGUGGGGAAAGAAAAUAUCUGUACUAACUGUGUAAAUAGAUGA